UUGAAAUAGGGAGGAGUCUGACUAACAGAGUUCAGCUCAGGACAGACUGAAGGACAAACAAGCUGAGAAGAGGAGAAAAUUAAAAGAGCAACGCUUACACCAGAGAAAUAAGAAGAGGAAAAUAAAGCAUUUAUAAUAUUGCCUACCUGAAGAACAAUGUCUCUGUCUGCCUUGGCCGCUCGUCGGGUGUUUGCCGCUGCGUCGCAUUCGAGCCAUGAGGGAGGAGCAAAGACCUGGAAGAUACUGACCUGGGUGCUGGCCUUACCUGGUGUUGGUGUCUGCAUGGCCAACGCCUACAUGAAGAUGCAGGCUAACUCGCAUGAUGGACCAGAGUUUGUGGCAUACCCUCACCUGCGUAUCCGCACCAAGAAAUUUCCCUGGGGCGAUGGAAACCACAGUCUGUUCCACAACUCUCACACCAACGCUCUGCCCGACGGCUACGAGGGCUCCCAUCAUUGAGGGGACCAGUCACAUUUCUCUACUCCUGAAACUCCAGUCUGCAGCCUGCUUGACUUAAUUAUACUGACCGAAACGGAGGCGAAGUAGCAUCGUCAUCAAGCGGUGCACUCAGAUGGGAAUAAAACCACUUUAUGCUCUCUUACAA